AUUCUCCUGCCGGCGCCGGCUGUUGACACAGCCAUCUUGAUGUUGUCGACCUGAUCAGCACUUGCAUCACCAUAUGUAUUUACGUACGUUCCAAAACGGCAGGCCUCCGAAAACCAGCUAAAUCAUAAAGAGUCAAAAACCAACCAAUCUUAAUUCUUUCCCAUCUCCCAUCUAUAACCCACCCCCUUUUCAUUUUAUUUCUCCAUAGUCCAGAUUUGUUUCUCAGACAAACAACUUUGUUCUUUUCACCUCUGCUCUCAGAUCACAGCUUUCUUCCAUCCCCACAAAUUAUCUCUUCUCUUCCAGAUCAUAUUCAAUCUCUUGGGCCCUCAAAGUUUCUUCCUUUGAUCCUUCAUGGCCGUAUCUCCGCCCCAAGCUUUUCCGCCUAGAAAACGGCGACCAAUAUCGGCCGCUUCCUUCAUAUCCCCAAAACUCUCCGACCGGAACCUUAUCCAAUCUCUUCUCCUUUUCACCCAAGAAAUUUCGUCCCUCACACCUUUCCAAUUCCUUCUCAAGCGCCAUUCCGUUUCCCUCAUCCGCAAAUCCAAGCUCCUCGCCGUGCUUUUCGAGGAGCUUCUUCUCUGCAAUCCCAUCCCCGCUCUCUCUCCAUCUGCCAUCCUAUGCUUCGAAGAAAUGCACGUGCUUUUGCAGAGAGUCAAGGCCCUCAUCGAGGACUACUCCAACGGUAGCAAGAUGUGGCUCCUCAUGCAGAUCGAGUCGGUGGCCAACUGUUUCCACGAGCUCACCAGAGAGUUGUCCACUCUGCUCGAUAUUUUCCCCUUGCAAGAGAUUAACUUGAACCACGAUGUUGCAGAGCUAAUCGUUUUGAUCAGAAACCAGCUCAAUUCCCAAACCAAAGUUAAUGGCGUUGUCGAUCCGAGAGACGACGAGCUCAGGCUCGAGGUGUUGGCCAUGCUCGAACGGAUCAAGAGGGAAAUCGUGCCAGAUCAUUCCGAGCUCGCGGAGAUCUUCGCUAGGCUAGGGCUUCGGGACGCUUCGAGUUGCAGAGAGGAAAUAGAGAAUCUCGAAGACGAGGUCCAGAACCAGGGCAACGAGAAAUCCAAAUCCGAGGUAAUAAUCGCCUUGAUUGGACUCGUUCGCUACGCCAAGUGUGUUCUUUUCGGAGCUUCGACUCCAAAUUCGGACACCCCGAGCCGGGAAACGCCAUCGGAGGCAAUUGUACCUGCGGAUUUCAGGUGCCCGAUCAGCCUGGAACUGAUGCGGGACCCGGUAGUCGUGGCAACGGGACAGACAUACGAUAGGGAGUCAAUCAAGAUGUGGAUCGAAUCGGGACAUGCCACGUGUCCAAAGACAGGUCAGAACCUGGUGCACACGGACCUUAUUCCAAACCUAGCUUUGAAGAAUCUUAUAGCAAUGUGGUGCCGCGAACAGAAGAUACCGUUUGAAAUUACGGCGGUUAGUGUGAAAGUCAACGGCGUUACAACGAAUAAAGCGGCGUUGGAAGCUACGCGGAUGACGGCAACGUUUUUGAUUAACAAAUUGUCGGUCUCUCAGUCAAUGGACGCUGCCAACGGCGUCGUUUACGAGCUUCGUGUACUUGCCAAGACAGACUCUGAUAGCCGGGCCUGCAUUGCCGAAGCAGGAGCUAUCCCUAUGCUUGUACGUUACCUUGGCUCGGAUGUGGGUUCGGAACACCCGAAUCUCCAAGUUAACGCCGUGACGACGAUCCUCAACCUUUCCAUCUUGGAGGCAAACAAGACGAGGAUCAUGGAGACUGACGGAGCCUUGCACGGCAUCAUCGAGGUGCUACGCUCUGGCGCUACGUGGGAGGCGAAAGGGAAUGCAGCGGCCACGAUAUUCAGCCUUGCAGGUGUACAAAUACAUAGAAGGAGACUCGCAAAGAAGACACGUGUCAUCAAGGGAUUGCUGGAGUUAGCCGAGGUAGGGCCCCAUAGUUCCAAGAGGGACGCUUUGGCAGCAAUUCUGAAUUUGGCGGCAGACAGGGAGGCCGUUGGGAGGUUACUGGAAGGAGGGGUAGUGCGGAUGACCGUUGAAUUGAUGGAUCAAUUAUCAGAGGAGGCGGUGACUAUAUUGGAGUCGGUGGUAAAGAGGGGCGGCUUUGUAGCUAUUGCGGCGUCGUAUAUCGCCAUUAAAAAAUUAACCGUAGUGUUAAGAGAGGGAUCGGAGAGAGCCCAAGAAAGUGCGGCGGCAACUCUCGUCACAAUCACGCGAAAAGGUGGUGCAGAGUUGGUGUCGGAGCUUGCGUCGACGCCGGGGAUCGAGAGAGGGAUAUGGGAAUUAAUGCAAAGUGGAACACCUAGAGCCAGAAGAAAAGCGGCUACGCUUUUGAGGAUCCUCCGAAGAUGGGCUGCCGGUUUGGAUCAAAUUUUAACGGAUGACACCAUAAUUUCCACCACACACAUUAUACGUUCGUCCACAACAGCAACAACAUUGGCUGGUUAAGAUUUCGUCUCCUCCAAACAUUCUUUUGUGAAAGGUCUUCAUAAGUACACUUGUUUUUUUCUUUUAUUUGUUUGACAAUUCAUUGUAAAAGAUCAUCUCAUCAACGCUGCUUUUUUCAUUCUAUUCUUCGAA